UAAGACGCGAGUUCAGCAUCGUGCAGACUAUUCGCGCAGGAUCGUCCGUUGGACCACGAAAUGAGUCCAUCCGAAAAGAAUUACCGAGAGUGUGCGAGCGAACGAUAACAAAAUCCUCCCAAUUAUAUCGAUCCGUUCUUAUCUUUUGACACUUGCUGGAAGAAAGGAACUAGUGAAAAUAUUCGACUCGUAAAAGCGCCAUCCUUCCAUACGUCAUCGUAUAUUAUUCGUCGUCGAGCCUAAUCGUCGUUCGAACCUCUGGAUCGUGGAUCUUUGAAAUUCGGGGGAAGGGGGGGGGCAGGCAGAGGCAAAAGACUUUGCAAUUUUGAGCGUAUCGAUGAACAAACAUAGGCUCUUGCAUUUCGGACAAAACCUAGUGUUCGAAUAGGAACAGGAGAAGCAAGAUUUUCAAGUGUUUCCCACGCGACUCGGAAUAAAGUGCAGUGCCUCGAGCGGUCCGAAUUCUUUUCCUUCGUGAGCCGAUCUCUCAUUGGGAAACGCAUAGAAGACUCAAGUUGACAGGACGUACUCGUUGUCGAGGACGAUGAAUCGUUUACAAGACGGCACGAUGAAGGAGAAGAAAAGAGAUGUGAAAUUCCGGGAGGAUGGUGGAAAAGGCAAGGCUCGGCGGGAGGUUUAACGGAUUCAACGAAAUGGCAUCGGCAGCGGCAGAGUUAGUGGUCGAGAGGGAACCGGAACCGAUGCGAGAGAUGGUUGAUGGGAACCGGACAACGUUCGUCGGUGCCCAAGGCUUGGUCAAAUUGGCCCUCGAACAGUACACGGAAAUUCUGGCGAGCGCCUCGGAUCCGCGGGUUGGCAAUUGGCCUCUUAUGGAAUCCCCGAUACCAACGGUCGUCAUAGUUCUACUCUAUCUCUAUUCCGUGACGAUAGCCGGCCCACGUAUGAUGUCCAACAAAAAGCCUUAUAAUCUCAGAAACGUUCUCAUCGCCUACAACGCCUUCCAGGUCAUCUUCUCUCUGGGAAUGCUUUACGAGCACCUGAUGUCCGGAUGGCUGUUGGACUACAGUUACAAGUGCCAGCCAGUCGAUUAUUCUCACAAUCCGUCCGCUUUAAGAAUGGCGAACCUUUGUUGGUGGUACUUUAUCAGCAAGUUUACCGAAUUUGCCGACACGGUUUUCUUCGUCUUACGAAAGAAGAAGAGUCAAGUGACGUUUCUACAUUUAUAUCAUCAUUCUUUGACGCCUUUGGAGACAUGGAUUUGCGUUAAAUUUAUUCCCGGUGGACACGGUACCCUAGGAAAUCUCAUAAACAACGCGGUCCACGUGGUCAUGUACGCUUAUUACAUGUUGGCUGCCAUGGGACCCGAAUAUAAAAAAUAUUUGUGGUGGAAGAAACAUCUCACCACGAUUCAAUUGAUCCAAUUCUUUUUAGUGUUCGUGCAUAGCGCGCAGGCCUUGAUCUUCGACUGCGGAUACCCGAAGCUGGUCGCAAUCCUCUUACUGCUUCACUCGGCAAUCUUCUUUGUUCUUUUCUCCGAUUUUUAUCGGCGGGCCUAUCGCAGAAUGAAGUCGAUCGAUAAGACGAAGAUGAAUUGAGAUUGGGAGAAGGAUGGGCCGUACAAAAAGAGAAAGGAAGAGGAGGAAAAAGAAAGGAAGUGAAAGGGGAAAGCGGUUGUUUCUCCUUCCUUCUCCUUCUUUCUUUUAAAAAUUGUGCGUUUCAACGGGACCCCGCGAACGUGAAGGAAGGAAGGAAGGAAGAAAGGAAGGAACGAAGGAACGAAGGAAAAAACGCAGGACGUUUUCACGAACAACAUGAAUGAAUUUUGUUAAAGUGGAGGCGAGAGAGCAAAUAGGAUUUUUUCGCCUUCCUCUUCUCGUUCGAUUAAUUGGAAUUGAAAAAAGAGGAUACGGCCUCUUAAGUAAGGAAGCUUCGGAGGAAUCGACGAAGAAGACGGGGUAAAACGCUUGGAUAGGAGGAACCAAGGACAAUCCGCGAAUUCUCUUUCGUUCAUCGAAUCGAUCUCGAUGUCCUUUCAAGAUUGAAAAAAUGUGAAAACGGGCGACAGAGAAAAUCGAUCGAGUAUAAUAUUUCUAAACUCCUGCCGGUCUUUUAAAGCGCUUUUAAAAAAUAUUUUUCUUCACUUUUUAUCUUUUGCCUGUCUUCUUUUUCUUUUUUUCGCUCGAAACUCCGGUCAUAUCACCAUAAAAGCCAAAUUUUCAACGAUCGAUCGUUGAAGUCGUCGUUUCCUUUCUUCUCGAUUAUUAUUUCUCUCUCUCUCUCUCUUCUUUCUCUCUCUCUCUCUCUCUCAAGGUGCCACUUCCGAUUCUUCGCGAGCUCGACUCGACACACGUAUGUGCGAUAGAUGGCAUUUUUCCUUUUUUUAUUUAUUUGUUUUCUUUUUUUCUUUCUUUUCUAUGUACCUAUACCUAUAUGCGCGACACGAAGGAUUUUUACUUAUUUCGCAAAAUGAAAAGGGUUGCGCCUACAAAGGUCUUUGUUUUUUGUUUGGCUCAUAGAGGAUAAAAGAAAAAAUAAAAAUUUGUCAUAUCGUUUUUGGCCGAUGUCGAUCUGUUCUUCAAUUUCUAAAUCCCUUUUUCUUGACAGCCCUGUAUGCAUAUAUGCGAAUUUUAACGCGGCUAUUUUUCUAAAAGGUCGUUCUGUACAUAUGUAUUCGCAUAUGUGUAUCAUAUACACAGAAAAAACCGACAAAGCAAGAUGUAUGGCUUCGAGAGGACUCUCGAGAGGAUUCUCGAGAAGACUUUGCAUGCGACGAAUUCUCGAGCGAUGCAAUUUUUUCUUUUCCCUUUUUCUCCUUAGAUCAUCACUGCUUCCGAAAUAGCGAGGGCACUUUCGCGAAAGACAAAUCUCGAUGAUGCUAUCGACGAGAAAAAAAUCUUUCCUCCUUCGCGUUGUCAUUUGACCAUUGCCAAAAAAAA